GGGAUGGGAUGGGAUGGGAUGGUCGCCGCGCAGCCUGCCAGCUGUAUGGCUGGGUACUUGUCUUCUCCGGGCCUAGUGCCAACGUAGUUACUCCGAGUCUUGUGGGUCACCGUAAAGAGAGGCGGGAAUAAAACUCUCUUGCUUCCUGAGGCUUCUUGGGGAAAGCCUUUGCUUUUCUUACGGAGACAGAAGACUCCAUUCAUCCCUUCAGUAAGCACUGUUUGCCAGUCACUGCCGCGGGAGCUCCGGGGCUCAGAGCACACACUGCCGCAGACACGCCUGGGAUGGGCGCAGCGAAUAAAACAAAAAAUAGCCUCGGAGGGGUGACAUUGUAAGAACGAGGUGACCGACCCUGUGCUAAUAAGUACAACAUAAUUGGGAGCCAGAGACCAUUAGCUAGGGUGGAUUAAGAAAGACCCCUUGGAGAGGGUAGCGCUCUAGUUGAAGACUGUCCAGGUUUCUGAAAGGCAGAGCUGACAACCCAAGGCACUGAAUGGGGAAUGAAGAUUUGAAGAUACUUCGUGGAUAAUCACAAAUAACUUUUGAAAGCAUCCAUUGUGUGCUGCUGCAUUUGUUGAUAAGAUGUUUGGUAGACUGAGUUUUCCUCAAGUGAUUUUUGCAAGUAUCCUUGGAGUUGCUGGAGGAAUAUAUAUUUAUCAACCAAUCUUUGAACAGUAUUCUCGAGAUCAAAAGAUAUUAAAGGAAAAAUCGCAAAUUCUUCAAGAAUCAGAAGAGAAGAAAAAUUAAUGAUGGAUUUCAACUGUACUAGGUUCUUAAAAUCCAAGUCAUUGACAAGUGGUUCUUAAUAUUCUGCUUGAAUAUUGUCAUGACCAUUCUCAAGUCUACUAAUUUCCUUUUACUAAAGUCAAUAUCUUGACAUUGUAGUUCUGUUUGAUACCAAUUUUCCUAGACUUGUAAUAUGGCUACUUACUUAUGAUAACAGGUUUGGGGAAGUUUAUACAAGUAUUAGUGGUAUGUAUAGUAGCUCGUAGGACAGGAAGUCUCAAUGUGAACACUAUGGACUUCCAAAGGUUCUACAAAUAUCAGGCAGAUAUAUAGCAGAAUAAAAAUAUGUAAUUUGUUUCCGUGUAACUUGUUACUGACCCCCAAAUCAUAAAUUGGAAAGAAUUGUUUUUCCUGCUGACUGAAUUUAGUAAAUUAGGUAUAAUUUUAGUUAUCUAUGAAGAGUACAUGUAAUUAAAAUCUGUAAAUUACCAAAAAAGAGAUGUUAAGAUCUGGCUGGUUAACAGAUAUUCAAUUAGAACAUCAAAUCCUGGCUCAAUCAGUACAGUUCAGCAAAAUGACAUUUGAAUAGUUGCUGAUGUUACCUACAAGGUAAAUAAUGACAGUAUUUAUCUAUAAAGCAGAAAUGAUUGUUUUGAUAGAAUUACAUUUUCAUGAGCAAGGUUCUAUAUAUAGAAAUUCCACAUAAAAGAUUGUUUCAUUUAUGUUAUUCGGUUUAAAUAAGAACAUAUUAGGAAAAAGCAACUCAAGUUUUUCUGUUUAAAUAUAGAAGUAGUAUCUAUUUUAAUAAUGGAAUAUAUCCUUGAGGGAAAUUUGUACAUUGUUUUCAUAAGUAAUUGUGCCAAAAUGACAGGAUUAGUACAUUCUUUUAGUUUAACUUUCUGAGAAUUAUAGAAAUAAUUUUUGGGUCAUUGCCUAGAGGGUUUAUUAACAAAUCAGUUUCCUUCUAAAGCCAAAUGGAGGUUAG